AUGGUGGCUCGAUUUUGGUCCUGCGAGGAAAUCGAGUCACCAAAAGCAUAUUCUCCAGAUCAAGCCCGUUGUGAACAUCUUUAUAUGAACACAGUUCAACGUGACACAAACGGUCGAUAUACUGUAUCCCUUUUGAAGGAUGGAGACGAAAUCAAAAAAUUAGGCGAGUCUCGUGACAUCGCACUUCGACGUCUCCAAGGUACAGAGCGACGACUGGCAAAGGAUGCCAGAUUACGGGAGCAGUAUACAGCAUUCAUGGAUGAAUAUCUGGCAUUAGGGCACAUGCACCGAGUAGACGAUUCUCACGAUGCGGUAAAACGAUGCUAUUUACCGCACCAUCCGGUGGUAAAGGAGGAAAGUACCACCACAAAACUUCGAGUCGUAUUCGACGCAUCUUGUAAGACGUCUACAGGGAUAUCACUGAACGAUACCUUGCAUGUUGGGCCCGUUAUACAAGAAGACCUACGAUCUAUCAUUGUACGCUGCAGAACAAGGCAAGUUAUGCUGGUGUCUGACAUCGAAAAAAUGUUUAGGCAAAUCAACGUUUUACCAGAAGACAGGCACCUGCAGUGUAUACUAUGGCGACAGCAUUCUUCCCAGAAUGUUGUGACGUACGAACUUGACACAGUGACGUACGGAACAAAAUCAGCACCGUUUUUGGCCACAAGAACGUUGCAUCAGCUGGUGGCGGAUGAGGGACAACGUUUUCCAUUCGCAGCGAAGGCUAUUCUCGAAGAUACAUAUAUGGAUGACGUAAUUACAGGCGCUGAUACUAUUGAAGAGGCGACAGAUCUGCGAACACAGCUCGUGGAGAUGCUACAACGCGGAGGAUUCCACCUACGAAAGUGGGCUUCAAACGAAGAAGCGACAUUGCAAGGCAUUUCUCAACAAGAACUUCAAUUCCAGCUGCAAUUCCUAGCUCAACUGGGAUUGAAUUAG